AUGAAGCUCGCGACCCUCGCCCUCGCCCUCUUCGCCGUGACGCUCGCCGCCCCGACCCCCGAAGACCUUGACCUCGACGCGCGCGACGGCCUCCAGCCCCGCGCAUGCACCAAGACGUCCGCAUGCGCGCAAUGGUCAACCGAAUACUGCCGCCAGUUCUGCUUCGUCCCCGGCAAGCCGAGCAUCUUCGUGCGCACCACGACGGGCACAACAAUGAAGGCCACCCUCCUCGCCCUCGCGAUCACGCUGCUCGCGACCUCGGCCACAGCAGCGCCGGCGCGCCACCCGCCCGCAGACGAGACGUACGGCGCCCAGCCGCCAAUCGAUACCUGGGUCACCUGCGGCCCCGGGCCGUGCGAGCCGCCCCUCCCAGACGUCAAGCUCAAGGCGCGCGCGACGCCCGCCCCCGCGCGACGCGACCCCGGCCUCGGCGCGCCGCCAGAGGGCCAGCCGCCGAUCGAUACCUGGGUGCAGUGCGGCGACGGGGUGUGCGAGCUCGAGACCAGGUGGCAUGUUGUGCAGCCGACGCAGGCGAACGUGUAG